GUCGGAGGUCUGCAGUCUCACAAGAAUUUGCUGCUUUCCUGACUGGAACAUUCUAUAGACCAGCUGUGAAAAAAGGCAUUUAAGGUCUAUAUAUUCAGGUUUAUCUUUAAGCUAUUAAUUUAAGCUAGGCAAGGAACAUUGUUUUCCCCCAUAUUCGCUGUGGGAACGUCCUUCAGACUCUCUGUCUUUUGGUUUUUAAUGGGACGAACAGUUUCAUUCGUGAUGUCAUCGCAUUGAAACGCACAUCCGCGCUGGAGCCACACCGCAGCACAGACGGGUCAGACCGCGCUGGGACACACUUCACGCGCCUAUUCUCUCCUCAAAACAACCCAGCACUAUUUCUUUAGUUUGAAGAGCUUGUGUCGUACUUUUUGUACUGAAAUUCACUUUUACAACUGAUUGGACAGCAUGAAGAAGAAAACCAUCUUGUUUUUAAUUCUACAAGCGCAUAUUUGUCUCUUCUCUAACGUUGGAGCUGAAGAUGCAACAACUGAUCAACCAGUUUAUUUAACUGCUCAUCAUGAGGAUCCCAGAACAGGGCCCCCUGGACGCAGUUUUGCUAUUAAACAGGUCUACGUAACCAACACCUAUGAACCGAUUGACAUGGAGGAGGCAUUACCAAACUCGAAUUCCUCAAAUUCAAAUAAACCCACAAAAGAAAUUGUGUUCCUUAGUUAUGCCAUCGAAAAACCAGAAGUGUCUCAGUCUAAAAAAGCACAUCCAUGUAACGACACUGAUCAGAAAUGCAACCGGACAACAAUCGUGGAAAAAUUCAAAAUCUCAGAUGAUGCCGUUGAGUUCCUGAAAGGCCCGCUGGUCACCCGCUUCAUGCCGUCCUUCUACAUCUUCAUCGUCCUCAUCAGUUUGCCUCUGAACGCUUUGGCUUUGGUGACGUUCACCUGCAGGAUCAGAGAAAAGAAACCAGCUGUGAUCUACAUGUCUCACCUGGCGUGUGUGGAUCUGCUCUUCGCCCUGCUGCUGCCUCUGAAGAUCCACUACCAGCUGAACGCUUCUGAUUGGCUGUUUGGUGAGGCGGCGUGUCGUGUGCUCACUGCAGCGUAUUACUGCUACAUGUACUGCUCCAUACUGCUGAUGAUGUGCAUGAGUGUGGACAGACUGCUGGCCGUGGUGUUUCCAGUCGCCUCUUUAACCUGGAGAAAUGCAAGGAAAGCCUCGCUUAUAUGCGCAUUAGUCUGGCUGCUGGCGCUCGCUGGUACUGUGCCACUACUAUUAAUGAGACAAACAUUCCAGAUUGAGGAUGUGGGCGUCACAUGCCAUGAUGCGCUGAUUCAUAACAACCCUAAAGAUCAGCAAUAUUUGUAUGUGUUCUUCAUCCUUUCGUGCUUUUACUACUUCGUACCACUCAUUAUCACCAUAGUGAGCUACUCCACCAUCAUAUAUGUGCUCCGUGCAAAGUCCAACCGAUUAUCGAAAUCUCCAUCAUGGUUGAAAAAACGACGGAGAGCUGCGAUUAUGCUUAUCGCCAUGUUGUCUGAGUUUAUGGUGUGUUUUGCUCCAAUCAACGGCAUCCUGUUGUAUCACUGCAUUCGAUUGGCUGUUGGAGGAAACAGUGGCGAGGGAGAUUCAUCUUAUAGUGCAUACAUGUUGGCUGUGUGUUUGGGGAGCGCAAGUGUUUUUCUGGAUCCUCUGCUAUACUAUUAUGGCUCGUCUCAAUGCAGACAGAAGAUCAGCUCUCUGUUUUGGUGGAAAAAGUCAAAAGCCCUCUUAUCAAAAGGAAGCAGGUCAGGAUCCUCUUUUGUAAGUAUUGAGUACACUAAGGCGUCAGUUAAGAUGUAAAUUAGUGAACACUUUCUUUUUUUAGUUGUGUAUAUAAUACUGCUUAUUGGCUAAAUUGUACAUGAAUAUGUGAUUAUCACUUAAAUUGUGAAGUUCUCUGAUAUUCGAUAUGCAGAAGUGUAGAUAAAUCAUGAAUUAAAGGGGACCUAUUAUGCGAAAAUCUAUUUUAUAAGGGGUUUAAACACAGUUUUGUGGUAACAGGCUGUGAAUAUAACCCAGCCUAUAAUGGUAAAAAUUAAUUAAUUCUAUUUUAUAUAAUCACACUUCAUACAGUCUGCAGAAACACUUUGAUUGACAAUGUCAUCAGAGGGGGAAAGCCCCGCCCAUUAACGACAAUCGCUCCCUCAUUAGCAUAGGGUAUUACUCUUGUUUUUAAAUCUGCCACUAUGCUGGCACAUAGGCAUUUGUAGCUCCGCCCUCUUUACAAAGCAGCACAUCUCAUUUGAAUAUAAAGUGGCAGUCACAAAAAUAGCACAAUUUAACUCAAAGCCUGAAAGGAGAAGUUUCAAAUAAUUAUUAAAUAUUAUUUGAGUGGUAUUUUGAAGUGAAACGUCACAUACACACUUAAGGGACAUCAGAGACUUAUUUUAUAUCUUGUUAAAAAAAGGGGCAUAAUAGGUCCCCUUUAAAACUUACUUUUUAGGGUAGGGUUUAUUUGAUCUAAAAAUAAAGGGGGGAUUUCAAAUAUUUCUUCAUUUUUAUUAUAUUGUAAGGGUGCUUUCCAUUUAUUACGAAAACAGUACUGCAAGAAACUUUUGAUUUUAACAACAGAACUCAGAAGCUGUAAUUUUAAUAAAAAUAAAAUGAAGAAAUAAUGAGCUGAAAAUUUUUUUUUGUAAAAUAUUCAGUACUGUGAAAAUACACAGUUACUGUAGAAAUCACUAUAAUUUGUACAACCCAUAUUUAUUUUUAGUCUCAUUUUCAAUAAAUUAUUUAGUUAUUCACUCAUAAAACUUCAUGUUUCACUGGUGGAUCAUUUUCGAAGAAUAAUUCAGUGGCAUAUUUUUCAUGGCUGGUUGUCGCCACCUAUUGGUCAAAUAACGUAAUUGCUGCCUAUAAGUUUCAUUUUUGAACAUCAAGUUAAUUGCAUUUGAUGGUGAUUUAAUUUUUACCAUAAACAUUAGUGAUUUUAUCUAAGCCAUAAACUGUUAUCCCAGUACUUCUGUGUUAUUUGACUGUAAACUAAAGACAUCUCUUUCUUAAUUUUUGUGUUUUUCAAACACAAAUUUGAAUGCAGCGAUUCAAAGGAUUAACAAACAUGUGCAAAUCACCAUCAUUUAUAAUUUAUGUUGCGUGGGUGUUGAGAUCCAGAUCUUUUAAAGAUUAAUCUUGCAGCUUACACUGAAUUCAUUAAUGCAAGGUAAAAAAAGUAGUGACAGAAAACACCUUUAAUAACCCACCACAUCAUGAAUAACCUACCACAACUUCUUCCGUCAUCAUUAUAAUUUACAGCAAAGCCUAAAUGCUUCCAUUCAUGUGAUUUGAAUGAUGCAAGAGGCAAUUUCUUUGCGAUCGUUAUAUGUUUAGGAUUAAUGUACAAGUAAAAAAAAUUAUUAAUUCACAGGUAAUGUGUGUUUCGAACCGUGGGUUGUGAUCUGUACUUAUCACAAAUCAACCGUGAUCCAUUACACUAUUAUAUGGCUUUGUUUUUGUCUAGUUUUUUUAUGCAUGUAUCCUUGUAUGUACAGUUGACGUCAGAAUUAUUAGCUUUCCUGAAUAAUAAUUUUGACCUUAAAAAAAUUAAAACUGCUUUAAUUCAAGCCGAAAUACCUUUUUCUAGAAGAAAAAAAUAUUAUAGGAAUUACUGUGAAAAAUUAAACAUCAUUUGGGAAAUUUUUGAAAAAAAAAUCAUUUUGACUUCAACUGUAUAUUUUAUCCCUCUACUUUUUCUAUAUAUGUAAAGCACUUUGAGAUGCUACUUUUUAAAGACUCUAUAUAAAAUAAAGAUUAUUAUUAUUUAUACCUAAAAUUCUGAUUUAAGCUAAAGCAGGAUGAGUUUCCUUUUAGUGCUGGUAAAAUUCCAGCACCGAUGUCAGGAGGCCAAAAUAACCCUUAUCAAGUCUGUUUUAAUCUAAUCUAUUUCCUGUUUAUGACUGUAGUGUUGUGUAAGAAAUCUGGUGAAAACAAAAGUAUUUUAUAUUUUUUAUACAUGGAGAAUGUUAUUGACUUGGCGGUAUGGUGGUUAGCAUUGUCAUCUAACAGCAAGAGGUUCGCUGGUUCAAGUCCCGGCUAGGCCUGUUGGCGUUUCUAUUCUUUAUAUUCUGCCCAUAUUGGUGUGGGUUUCCUCCGGGUGCUCCGGUUUCCCCCACAGUCCAACCACAUGCGCUAUAGGUGAAUUGAAUAAACUAAAUUGGCCGUAGUGUAUGUGUAAUGCGAGAAUGUAUGGGUGUUUCCCAGUACUGGAUUUCAGCUGGAAGGACAUCCACUGCGUAAAACAUAUGGUGGAUAAGUUGGUGGUUCAUUACGUUGUGGUGACCCCAGAUUAAUAAAGGGACUAAGCCAAAGAAAAAUGAAUGAAUUAAUAAUAUUGGCUUUUUAAUCUCACAAUUUUGAGAAACUUCAUUCAGCUUAAUUCAGCUAAAAUUGGAGGAUUCUUUUGAUCUAUUCAUGUUUUCACAAUGCCAAAACAGGAAACAGCGUCAUAUUGCAGGUACUUUCAACAAUUAGGCAGAAAUGUACAAUUAAUACAUAAUAAAAAUCUAAUAGUUCUAAAAUCUUAAUAUAAUUCUGUAUAACUUGCUACAUAAAUAUAUCUAUUACCAUUAUAUGUGUACUGUUUCUAUAAGUUAUAACCGCUGAUGCUUUACAGUUUGCUGCACUUUACUAAAUUGCUUUAUGUGUAUUAUGUGUAAAUACUACUGUAUGUGAAUAUUCCCUUUCGACAUAAAAGAGCUAUUUGUAAAGCAAGCGUAUUUUUGACAACUGUAUGUUUUAUUCUGUAUGCAAAACUGUUAUGUGAUGGACUAUUUCACACUGCAAAUGAUGGCUGGAAUAAAAUGCAUAACAACCUG